AUGUUAAAUUCUAAGGAAAAUAUAGAUGAAUUCCUUAGAUCUAUCUCUGAAGAAAUCUUAGGUUUAUAUAAUAUUACAGAAGUAGAAGCUGAAACAGAUUCAGCAUUUUAUGUUCAAAAACAAGUUCCAGAACCAUUAUUUAUAUAUGAAAUAAUAAUUGAACCAUAUGAUUAUAAACAUGAUGAUGCAAAAGAAUAUAAAAGUAAUGGAGCUGCUUUCUUCCCUUAUCAUUAUACUCCAGAAUUUGAAAUAUUCUCAAAGUAUUUAGUUACAGCUCAAAUAUUUAGUUCUCUUAAUGUAAAUAAGCUUGUAAGACCGGAAUUAAACAUGAAUUGUCUAGUUUAUGCUUUGAAACAAGCUAAAAUUGACGAUAAAAUCAUAGAUUUAUAUCGUGUUCACUGUAUUUCUAGAUAUCAAAAAAUAAAGUUGAUAGAUGAAGUUUCUAAAUCAUGUAAUAUAAGAAUUCAAGUAAAACGUGAGGAAACUGUUCGUAAAUGUCAUGCUAACACUAUUAUGAAAUCUAUUGGAUCAAUCAGUAAAGAUACUAUCGAAAUUAAUUUAUUCUUAUAUCGAGACACCAAUAUGAAAGGAGAUCAUUAUUUCUUAGAUAUUGAUUUACCUAUAACUCCAUUCUAUCUUAAGAACAGAGAAGAACUUAAUAAAUAUGCUUUAGAAAAUAAUUUAAGUAUUGAUAAUAUGUUUGAUAAACAAAGUAAGAAAGGAAAUAAUUAUUAUACUAAGCCAGGCGCUAAAGAUACUAUAAAAUUAUCUGAGCUAAUAUUAUACAUUAGAGAUCAUAAUGGAUUUAAAUCGUAUUCAUUAUCUGAUGUACUUCAUUUACCGUCUGAUUUGUCAGAUUAUGUAAGUAAUAAUUUAGAAUCAUUAGAAUAUUUAGAUUAUGAGGUUAAAGAUAUUAAAUUAGAGUCAAAAAAUAAGAAAUUUAAACAAAAAAUACUAUCAACAUAUUAUUAUGCCGUUUUUGAAGCUUCAACACAAGGAAUUCAUCAAGCUUAUUGUGUAUCUUAUUCUAAACGUAAUUCUAAUCAAAUAUGUAAUAAAUAUGGUAAUAAAUGUGUAGAAGAAUUUUUAAAUGAACUUAACGAUAAUUCUGUAAUAUACUUUCAUAAUUUGAAGUAUGAUUCUUGCUUCCUUGCUGAAUAUGGUAUUAACAAAUGUAUUAAGAAGGAUGGAAAAACAAUGAAGAUGAAUUUGAUAUAUAAUAAGAAGAAAUUAACAUUUAAAGAUAGUUAUUCGAUGAUUAGUACAGCAUUAAAUCAAUUUCCAAAGAUGUUUGGGUUAAGAAAUCUUCAAAAAGAGUUAUAUCCAUAUAACUACUAUACUCAAGAACAUAUUCAAAAUAAUAUUGGAACUAUAUCAGAAGCAGGUGAAUAUGAGAUACAAAAAUGGACUGAAGCCGAAUAUAAACUAUUUAAUGAAAAUAUUGAUAAAAUAGAAAGUUGUAAAAUUGAUGAAAAUCAUUUUAAUAUGAUGUUGUCUUGUAAAUUUUACUGUAAUCAAGAUGUAAGAAUAUUAAAAGAAGUACAUACUCAAUUUAGAAUUGAUAACUUAUCUAGUUUAAAUAUAGAUGUAGAUAAAUUCAUUAGUAUUUCUGCAUUAGCUAACAACUAUUUUACAACACAUGUUUACUCAAAAAUUAAAGAUCUUAAACAAUAUAGUGGUAAAAUUAGAGAAUACAUUCAAGGUACAGUAUAUGGAGGAAGAUGCAUGACAAGAGUCAAUAAAAAAUGGCAUGUAAGAGAUGAAUUAUAUGAUUAUGAUGCUUGUUCUCUAUAUCCUAGUGCAAUUCAUAGAUUAAAGUUAGCAACAGGAAAACCUAUUUUAAUACCAAAGGAUUUACUCAAUUCAACUAUAUUAAAUCACAUAAUGUUAGAACAACAAUUAGAACCUACAAAUGAACGUUAUAUAUCAGCUUUUAUAGUUGAUAUCGAAAUUACUAAGAUAAAUAAGGAACUACACUUUCCUAUAAUUACUAAGAAGACUAAGAAAGGAAAUUUAAAUGUAAAUGAAUGUUGUAAUAUGCGUGUUGACAACAUCAUGUUAGAAGAUUUAAUUAAAUUUCAGCAAAUAGAAUAUAACAUUACAAGAGGAUAUAUGUGGAUAGGGUUAAAUCAGAUGUAUUUAGUAAAGAGAUUGAGAAAAUAUAUAAUAUGA